ACAGGAACACAGGUUGUUUCUUCGGGCAAAUAUUGGACUACCGCUGUCCUUGGCUCGAGGUUUUGUCCUAUCUGUAUAUAAGGUGGAUGGCUGCAGCACCACCUCCACACUGCACUCUCCACCUUGUCCGCUGCCUUCGUUGCCUUUCCACUCAGCUUCACAGGACACUAUGCGAGUGAGUGCUUUGCUGGCGGGGGCGUGGGCGUGUCUCCUGGUCGGGGACUCCUUGGUGGACGCUUCCCCGUGCUGCGGGUUGGUUGCUGCCGCGGCCGUGGGUGGUCUUGCCUUCGCUGGGGGUGUAGCGGUAGGCAAACACCACCACCACCACCACCAUCGUCGUCAUGGAUGUUCUACCUGUGGCUGUGGCGGCUGUGGCGGCAACUGUGGCUGGUGCGGCGGAAACUACGGCAGGAGGCGGCGCAGAAGCAUCGUUAGUUUCAUCGAGGACGCCGAGGUUCAGGACGUGUACGCGAAGAUUGCAUCCGAGGACAAGGACCAGUGUGGGCUGCGUCUGGUGUGCGAGUUGGCGCAGCAAGACCCGCGAGAUCUGGCCGAUGACGAAGUGCAGAUCCUUCUGCCCUACAAGGGCGCUGGGCAGAGCGACGGCACUGUCUACGGUCAGUAUGACGAGGCGGCGUGGCACGGCCAGGAGGGUCACAAGUGUGCCGAGCACUUCCCGCUGUGCGCCUUCACCGCCAAUCAGAUCAUGGACGAGUACAGGAAAUACGUCAGUAACAACGAAACCUUCACGAGGCAACAGUGACCUCGCCACUAACACUCAAGAAAAAUCCUGAUUGAUGCAAUGGAUUUGAACCUAAUUCAAGGUCAUUCCUCAACUGCUUUGGUAUUUUGUUGUUAGCUAAAUAAAUAAAUUAAUAAAAAAAAAAUAAAUAAAUAAAAUUGCACUGAAUGCAAACGAAACAUUCUUAACUGACUGUAAAUCACACUAAAAUAUACUCUUUCAUGAGCA